GGCAACGCUCGAGGCCGUUUCCGGAGGCGGUGGCCAAAGUGGGCGGGGCUAGACCGGAGCUGCCUGUGGGAGGCAGUUACUUGAGAUCACCAGGCCUUCUCUGGACCGGCGGGUGCGGGGCCCGGUCCCAGAGUACAGGGUGAAAGUCGUUUGGAAACCCCAGCGCCAACAGGACCCUUUGGCAGCUGAGGCUGGAAGCAGCGGAACCAAAGGCAGACGGUCCUGAGUUGCUGGGGCGGACGUGGACCCAAUCUGUCCGUCCUUGCAAGUUUCCCCCAGGGGCAGGACCUAGACGUGCGGCACAUUCAGGUUCUUCAGGACCGUAGUGGUAGUCACUGGGCCAAGUUAGAGGCCAGCUGAGAAGUCUUCCUGCCUCAGAUUUGUUUACCUACAGAAUGCUUCGGUAUCCGUAUUUUUGUAGAAUGUAUAAAGAAUGUCUUUCAUGUUGGUUGGCAUCUGGCAUACCUAAUUUAGGUGUCUGGCCAAAGAGAAUACAUACUACAGCAGAAAAAUAUGGAGAAUAUGAAGCCCAGGAGCAAACAGAUCAAACUCAAGCCCAGGAGUUACACAGAUCUCAAGAUAGAGAUUUUGAAACUAUGGCUAAAUUACAUAUUCCAGUAAUGGUGGAUGAAGUUGUGCAUUGUUUGUCACCACAAAAAGGACAGAUUUUUCUAGAUAUGACAUUUGGUUCGGGAGGGCACACAAAAGCCAUUCUACAGAAGGAGUCAGAUAUUGUUUUGUAUGCCUUGGACAGAGACCCGACAGCUUAUGCAUUAGCUGAACAUCUUUCAGAGUUGUAUCCUAAACAAAUCCGAGCUGUGCUGGGCCAGUUCAGCCAGGCAGAAGCCUUAUUAACGAAAGCUGGGGUGCAGCCAGGAACUUUUGAUGGAGUUCUUAUGGAUCUUGGGUGUUCCUCCAUGCAACUUGAUACUCCUGAAAGAGGUUUUUCCCUUCGGAAAGAUGGCCCCUUGGACAUGAGAAUGGAUGGUGGCAGGUACCCUGACAUGCCCACUGCUGCUGAUGUUGUGAAUGCUUUAGAUCAACCGGCACUUGCAUCUAUCCUAAGAACAUAUGGGGAGGAGAAGCAUGCCAGGAAAAUCGCUUCAGCAAUUGUUCAGGCACGCAGCAUCUACCCCAUCACCAGAACCCAGCAGCUUGCCAGCAUCGUUGCAGGUGCAUUUCCUCCCUCUGCUAUUUAUGCACGGAAAGACUUACUACAGCGAUCUACCCAUAUUGCCACCAAGACUUUCCAGGCUCUUCGCAUAUUUGUGAACAAUGAGCUCAAUGAACUCUACACAGGACUGAAGACAGCUCAGAAGUUUCUGAGACCUGGUGGCCGUCUUGUUGCCCUCUCCUUCCAUUCACUAGAGGAUCGCAUCAUCAAAAGAUUUUUGCUUGGAAUAAGCAUGACAGAAAGAUUUAACCUAAGUGUUAGACAGCAAGUGAUGAAAACAUCGCAGUUGGGUUCUGGUCACGAAAACACAGAAGAAGUCUCUAUGAGAAGAGCUCCUUUAAUGUGGGAAUUGAUACACAAGAAGGUACUUAGUCCACAAGAUCAGGAUGUACAAGAUAACCCCAGAGGGCGCUCAGCCAAGCUUAGAGCAGCUGUCAAAUUAUAAGUUAUAAUCAUCUUAUUCUUCAAAUUUUUUCUCACAAUUUCUCUAAUCUUUACUCAUGUUGUGUUCCUGAAUGUCUUGAUACAGGUUUAAGUGUGGGACAGUCUGAAAAUUGAUAGCAUUUAGCAUUUUUUUUUCCCUCAAAAAGAAACUGUAGGAAAUACAUGACAGAGAAAGUUACACUCAGGGAGCAGCAGCACCUCAAGACUGGAAAUAUGUGUUAAUCUUUGCAUCAUAUUGGAUUCUUGAAAUGCAAUCCUUCCUCUGGCCAGGAACAUUUUUAAAAAAUAAUAGUUGGGUUUAUUUAAAUAUGUAAACUCAAGCUGCCAAAGAGAAAGAUAUUAUAAUCAUAUCUGCAUGUCCUAAAUUUUGAAUUUAGAUAUUCCAAUUUGCAUCAGUCUUUCUCUGGCUCAAAUAAUGAUGAUUAUGGAAUGAAUUUUAAUGUCCUUACUUGUGAAUAAUUACUAUAGCUUUCUCAAAUGUACGCUUUUUACAAAUUUUAAAUUUUAAAAUAUUAGUUUAAAUAUGUGUUAUAUUGAUAAAAUUUCAUCUUUCAAAUUAUAGUCUAUUAUUUUAAAGGGAUUUUUCCGUAUGAUAUGGGCCAUUUUGUUUGUAUAUCUCAAGGUAAACAUGUAAAAUCCUUACAAAGAGUUGUUUCACAAAACUUAUAUUUCAUGUCAAUUGUAUUUAUUUUAAUAAUAGCUCACAAUGCCUUUUGUAAGUAAUAAAGUCUCUUAUUACAAUCUUGUAUUUUUUAAUUGAGCUAAUCAAAAUAAUUCAGCCAGUCUAUUUGAAAUAGAAAACUAUCUAUUUAAUAUAAUAAAAUCAAUGCUCCCUUAAUGUUGUUACAAAGAUAUUAUAACUGUAAUAAGGGUAUAAGUUUAUUUAAGAAAAGAGUACUUGGUAGAAGAUUCUUUAACAAAUUGAUGAGAUUGAUUCAUAAUUCACAUGUCAACUUUUUAUAGUAAUAUAUACUUCUGAUUUAUUCAGUAAUUCAGCAAGUAUUGCACUUGUCAUUAGAAAAGCAAAGGUAAGUACAAUAUACAUGGCCCACAAUACAUGUCCUAUAGAGUUUAGUAGAGGAAAAUUAUGUUAGUUAUAACCACAAAAAUCAAUAUAAAAUGGACACAGUGGUAAAUACUACAAACAGGUCGUAUAUGGUACUGUAAGAGCAUCUAGUAAGGAUUUCAUCCAUUGUCAGAAAUGAGGUAUGAGAACAUGAUACUUGAAUUGUGACCUGAAAGAUGAGUUGGAGAUAAUUAGUCAAAGGGCACAUGGGGUAUGGAAGGGGGCAUGUUGAUUAACCGUACAUAGAAAUAAAUAUUCUCUUAAAUAGUUAUCCUUGAAAUAAUAUUUAUACUAUUAAUUUGCUCAGUGCACUUUUUUCAAAUACAGAAAAAAGAUUCUCCACUAUAGUUAAAAAUUUUUGGUUGGUGAAUCCAAGUGAAUGAAAUAUCAGCAUAACUGCACGGGCAAAAUAGAUAAGAAUUAAAUACAUGAAUUUUCCUCAGACUUAUUUUAUCUACCUCUGUAAUAUUUAACUUUAGUACCCAGGCUUGUUUACUACUUCUGCUUUACAGGCUUAUUUAAAUCUGAACAAUCCUACAGGGAAAUCAGAAUUCGAAAAAAAGUCUGGAGAACAAUAUGGUUGAAAGAGAAACAAGAGAAUGCACCUAGGUUAAUUCCCUGAAUCCUACUUGAACAAUAAAUUUCUCUUUGCAUAUAAUACGUGUUUGUGAUUGAGACAUAUUCCCCAAAAAUUCUUAUCUCUGUAUGUGAUUGGAAAAUAAAAGAUCAUAUUUGUAUGUUCAACAAUCUUUCACCUAUUUCUUAAGUCAUUUUUUUCAUCCAGUAUAGUAUGGGAAUUAUUUUUUAUGUUAAAUAGAAACUGAAGGUACUGGGUUGAACAGUGUCAUCCCCAAAAUUCAUCUACUUCCUGGAGCCUCAGAAUGUGACCUUAUUUGAAAAUACUGUGAUUGUGGUUGCAAGUAGCUAAGAUGAGGUCAUAUUGGAGCAGGGCAAGCCCUUAAUCCAACAUGACUCAUGUCCUUUAUAAGAGAAGAUAGGUCGGGCAUGGUGUCUCAUGCCUGUAGUCCCAGCACUUUGGGAGGCCAAGCCAGGCAAAUCGCUUGAGGCUCAGGAGUUCAAGAGCAGCCAGGCCAACAUGGCGAAAACCCAUCUCUACUAAAAAUAUAAUUAGCCAGGCAUGGUGGUGUGUGCCUGUAAUCUCAGCUACCCAGGAGUCUGAGGCACAAGAAUCACUGGAACCCGGGAGGUGGAGGUUGCAAGGUCACACCACUGCACUCCACUCUGAGCAACGGAACGAGACUCUGUCUCAAAAAAAAAACAAAAACAAAAAAAGAAUGAAAGAAAAGAUAGAGACACAGGGGAGAAUGCCACAUGAUGCUGGAGGCAGAGAUUGGAGUGAUACAUUGUGGGAACCCUCAGAAGAUAGGAAAAAGGCGUGGAAUAGAUUCUCCCUCAAAGUUCCAGUAGUUGCCAACCCUACUAACAUGGUUUUGCACUUCUAGCAUCCAGAACAGUGAGAGAAUAUAUUUCUGCUCUUUUAAGGUACCCAGUUUGUGGUAAUUUGUUAUAGCAAUCCUAGGAAACUAAUAGUCUGACAGAAAAAAAUCUUGAAUAAUGUGCAUGAAAAAAUCCUUCAACAAACACAAAAUUGGUUUCAAAAUGUUUUCUUGUAAAAAUAAAUUAACUUUUCUGUAAUUAGACUGUGUUUUAUAGUAAUUCUUGCCUGCUUCUUAGUCUUUGUUGUAGGAUGCAUAAUAAAAUACAUGAAUGAGUUUUAAAUGGUUAGCUUUGGAGAAUGGUUUUAGGAAGUUCAUAGAGUACACAGAAAUAAAAGCUAACGUUGCUAUGAAUGCGCAUUACUUUUCUAAUAAAAUAGUUCUGAAUCUC